AUGGCCGCCGUUCCUCCUUUCUUCACUGUACAUGACGACAUGGUCAUCUGUGGCAUUGACGAUGUCACCCUUUUCCAAGGACGCACACAAGCCGAGAGAAUUGCUUACAAAAUAUUCUCGGACGAUUUCACCACAACAAUGGAUAGCACUAUUGACAAACUAAACGAAGAGUUCAAGACCCUCGCAGGAUUGACAAUUGCGCAAGGACAGAUACGCUUGAUGCCAGCUAUCAAAAAGAACAUCCGCGCAUUCAUCCAAUGGUGCAGAGACGAGACCCUACCACAACACCAUUUCCUGUCGUUGAUGCAGCCAAACUGCUCAGACGCAUGA